AGCGGUUCCUUGGCGCGUCGGCUGCAGGGUAACAAUUUUCCGUAUUCUGUCCAUAACGAUGAUUGAAUAUUACUCAAUGCCUCCCCAUUCCUGGAUAUAUCAUUUUCUUCGAUUAUAUUUAUAUUAAUUGUUUGUUUUUAUUUGUGUGUUUUAUUUAUUUUUAAUUUAGGUGAGCAUGUGCUUAAUUUUGCGGGGAUUGCCGAGGUGCCACGGGGAGUGAGUUAGGCAAUAUGCGCCGCUGGGAUAGGAUUUUUAACCGAAGGGCUUAUGGAAUAUAGCCUGGUUUGUUACAGCUUCUAUGCCUUCUGGUCCAGCCCCGUGAAGAAGAAGCUCAUACUACUCGGCAUCAUGUUUUUAAUCUGGGUAUACAUGCUGUACUCCUGCGUGGGCUACUGCUCCACCAUGCCAAGUUUGGUGGUGGACAGUUACCGGGGCAAGGAGACUGGCUCGGCUGUGGCCAAGAGGACAGACAGCAGCAGGAUGGACCUGGUGUCCAGACUGCUGGCCAAACCGCAGCCGUGGGAGGAUGUAGAGAGCGACUACGAGGAGUCGUCCAUCAGGACUGCUGCGUCCAGAGACCUGCUCAAUAACGAGCUGGAGACGGACCGAGCCGACGAGUGGGACGAGAUGCGGGGCGAGCAGCAGAGAGCCCUGGAGCCCAGCGCCAUGUCCAGCUUCUCCAACGGCUCCGGGAGCAAGAAGCUGCCACAGGCGAUCAUCAUCGGGGUGAAGAAAGGUGGGACCCGGGCUCUGCUGGAGUUUCUCCGGGUUCAUCCCGACAUCAGAGCCGUGGGAGCGGAGCCGCACUUCUUCGACCGCAACUAUGAGAACGGACUGGAGUGGUACAGGGAGCUGAUGCCCAAGACCCUGGAGGGCCAGAUCACCAUGGAGAAAACCCCCAGCUACUUUGUGACGAGAGAGGCUCCCGCCAGGAUCUCGGCCAUGUCCCGGGACACCAAGCUGAUCGUGGUAGUGAGGGACCCCGUCACCAGAGCUAUCUCAGACUACACACAGACACUGUCUAAGAAGCCUGACAUUCCCUCUUUCGAGAGCCUCACCUUCAAAAACAGGACUACGGGGCUCAUUGACACCUCAUGGAGCGCCAUCCAGAUUGGCAUCUACGCCAAGCACCUGGACAACUGGCUGCAGUACUUCCAGAUGGACCAGAUCCUGUUUGUGAGCGGUGAGCGUCUGAUCAGCGACCCGGCCGGAGAGCUGGGCCGUGUGCAGGACUUCCUGGGGCUCAAGAGGAUCAUCACAGACAAACACUUUUACUUCAACCAGACCAAGGGAUUCCCAUGCCUCAAGAAGGCAGAGGGCAGCAGCAAGCCCCACUGCCUGGGCAAAACCAAGGGGAGGACCCAUCCCAACAUUGACCCAGAGGUGGUACAGAGGCUACGAGAUUUCUACAGGCCCUUCAACAUGAAGUUCUACCAGAUGACAGGUCAUAAUUUUGGUUGGGAUUGAUGUGAAAAUCAUAAAAGACAAUUUUGUUAAUUUGUUGAGAAGUUUUUUUCCCUCUGUAAUUCAAAGGCAAGAUGUGGAGAUUUUGCUAUAUAUAUGUAAAAUGUACAGAAAUCUAUUUUAUAAUAAUUUAUUUUUUAUUUCUAAGCAAUUAAUUCACUAAGCUGCCUAACCAUAUUUGUAUAUAACAUCUAGCCCACAUGUCUUUAACAUUCCUUAUUUGAGUUUUGAAUUCUCCUGCUCCUCCCUCAUUGUCCCGUAAACUCUGUGGAUUUAUUGGUGUUUAAUAAUAAUAAUAAUAAUAAUAAUAAUAAUGUAGAUAAUCACAAAUGACUGAAGUAGAAACUGGGGUGGAAAAUGUAAUUGCGCCAUAUUACGGGUACAGAGAAGUGGAGAACACUGAACCUUGUGCAUCCUCAUUAUUGCAUGAUGCUUCACAACUUUACCUUCAUCUUUUUCGAACCCUGUCGAUCUGAGGUGUGAUCCUUUUAUAAGCUCUUUUACGGAACACACACAUCUUCCAUUAAAGUUUUUUACAAUCCAUUUUUUCCAUACUGAUAUUGAGCUAAGCUACAGAUCUUACAUCCCUUUCCAUUCAAUAACAGGCAGACCAAUAGGCCUAAUUGAUCCUCAUUGUGUCACUCAUGGUUAAAGCAUACAGCUGCCCUCUCAUUCUCAGUGCUCCUGCUGCCUGCUCUAAUAAAUGACCCAUCCAUCAAAUGUUAAAUCCCAUCUCAGUCCACAUAGUGGGGGCCUGUGGUAACAUUAUGCUAAUCGGGUAAAGGUAACUGGCAGAUCAAUCGAGCCGCUGCUCUUUAACUUCAUAUUAGAAGCUUCGUUGGCUCAGAGCCAGGCUAUCUAGUCAGUUCAAAGGUCACACAAAGUCUCAGUCAAAUUUCCUUAAGAGGCAUUUGAUUUGUUGAGGAGAGCAGAGCAGGAGUACAGUGGGUCAAUGUGAGCGAGCAUUUAGUUUUUACAGUAAGAUGGAAAAUCUUUGCGUGAGUUAGCAGAGACAUAGCUGUCAGAAAUUGAGCAUAAAGAUAGAAAAGAUGAACCACGACAUGGCUUCACCUCACUGAAAUAGCGCUUCUUCAAACAAAAGCCCAUCAGGUCCCAUCUUAGAUCCCAGACUAAAGAGAUCAAAGGAAGAGGAAAGGUUUUUGUGAAGCACUCUUAGCACACCAAAAACUGCCUCAGACAGGGUUUCAGUGUCUAACCACUUGAGUGUCAUCAGGAAACCUCAUGUGCCAUCGUCCAUGGCCUCUAUACUUUAUGCCUUAUUCACCCUUGUCAUUCUCACAUGUCUUAUCUCUCUUUACUUGCUGCCAAAAAACCUGUAAUAUCAUGUUUCAUACAGCUUGAGUCAGUAUCUCAGCCUUUUACCCUGCAUUGCUUCUUUGUUUUUGUCAUUCUACUUGAAUUCUUGAUAUGCAAGAGGGAGGAAAAUGUGUAGUUAUCAUUCGUUGAUGUGUUGCCCCAUCUCUUUGCAACGGGUGGCAUGCUGUUACUAUAUAUAUGUACACAGGGAGGUGGCCAUGCUAUGCUACUUUACACUGUGCUAUGCUAUGCUAUGCAUGCUCAAUGUGGUGGCCAUUAUGAAAACACAUCACAUCAUGGGAAAGGAUUAUUAGCAUCCAGAAGAGGACUUCAUGUGUUUAAGUAUGGUCCACACUGAAUGUACACAACCUAUCCUCACACAUCCCCCAAAGAAUUUUUAAAGGUAAGCUUGUCACCCAGUUUUAGUCAAAAGUUAAAUUCGAUUGUGAUUUUUUUCCUUUUAAAGUUAAGAAAAUGUUGGGCCUUUUUAGCUAGCUUGGGCUGUCAUUAAAGCUGAAUUCUGCAAUUUCUCUUAGUUUCCAGUUGAAACCAGAUCCCUAGUUUAGCCUCAAACCAGUGGCUGGUAGCAGGGGAGAUGGAGGGUUGUUUCACCGUAUUUUUUUUUUUUUUUUU